CGCUUAUCUAUCUUUAUACUGUAUAAUCGUUGCGGAUUAUACGUGUUUAUGGGUUUCUUAGUGGUUGACAGCUGUCAAUUGUGCAUAGGUUGGUAGUGAGUCACGGCAUUGGCAUUGGAUUUGACGAAGAUAACUUAGUGCGACAGAUAAUCUAGGCAACCACUUGGUUCUUGGCCUCCAAUUUUUCCGCUGAUCUACAGCAAGUAUCGCACAACAUCACCUACCCUUUGUUCAGAUGUCCAGCUUUUUUUUCGACGUCACAGGUAUGGCAUCAAGCUCCGUAAGCCAGGAGGAUUUUGAUAAUGACUUUGAAUUAACAUCAAGGAGAUCUAGAAUACGAACUGCUAGAGCUAGAGUUGGACCACCUAGGACAGGAGAUACAGCUUCCAUAACUUUUCAAAAAAGUGCACCAGAUUCGGAAGAAUCUCAAGGUAUAUGCAAUUCUAGUUCAAACAGCGUACCUCCAUCAGAACAUGAUGGUCAGCAAAAUAAGCCCAUUAUGAGGAAGCAAGACAAACGUGUAACUGGCCGUGUCUUUAGUGUCGUAUCCUGUUUGCAUAGGCCAACGCAUAUAAACAAGGGAAAGCAGCAACGUGAUCGACGGAAACUCAGAGAAAAAAGACGAAGCACUGGAGUUGUGCAUUUACCAUCGACAGAGAGUACAGGAGGAAGUACAGGAGAAGAUGAAGAAGAACUCAGUGGUACUUGUCUUGAAACAAAAAAUAAUACACAUCAUAAUGAGUUCCUUGAUCAUGAACUCAUUGAAGAACGAAGUGUUAAAGUGUAUACACAAAGACGAAAUAAAAGGCAUUACCGUACUUCAUACAGGUCAUGUUUAAUUACACACGGUUGUCAUUCAGAUUUAGAAGCAGACGAUGAAGAGUUUGAUUCUCUUAAUCAAUCUGACAGUGUUAAUCAAUCUGACCAUACAAAUCAUGAGCCACAAACUUCAUUAAAUAUAACAAACAGACCAAGAUUACCUACACCUACAGGAGAUAAUCCACACGAAUUAAUUGAACGUGCUCAAGAAGAAAAUAGAAGGCUUUUAUCUCUGUUGGAAGAUCGUGAUCAUAAAAUAAUGGCAUUAGAAGCUCGUCUUUUACAGCAACAACACGAAAUGGCAAUAGAACGAGAACGUCUUCGCGAAGAAAAUGCAGCACUAAUUCGGGCGAUGGCAGCUUUAGCAAGCAACUAAUUUUCUUUUUUUCUUACAUAUAAUAUCCCAUUCAUUGUCGACCUUUGAAUUAUUCUAGAAAUUAUGCAUAAUUAAUAAACUAAAUAUAAUUCUAGUUUAAAAAGUAAUUAAAAAGAGUGACUUAAUGAUGUUAACUCUUGCAGAAGAGUGUACUUUAAAAUAUAAUUACGAAUUCUAUAUCGUCAGGGUAAGCCACAAAACUAAAGAAGUAGAAUCAUAUAUUGUAAAUUUUUCGGCAAGAAACAAAAAGUUGCAGUUUGUUAGUUUCUCUUGUCAUAGACAUUCUCUAUUUUGCUUAUAUAGCGUAUAUUAUAAAUUCUAACGUAGAUAUCUUGUACAAUUUUAUUAUUGUUCAUAUUUACAAAAUAUUUCAUUAUUUUUUAUAGGUUAAAAGUCGAAUACGUUUCUCUCUUCAUUUUUUUAAUGAUGUUCCUUUAUAUAUCGAAUUUUCUCAUACGUUCUUAAGGUUAAUUACUUGUAGCCUUAAAAUGAGUUUAAGUAAUGAAUGGAAGCAAAAAGAACGUCUUUACAUAAAAGAAUGACUUUAUAAAGGUGCUUUUCGUUCAAUGUUAUUACUUUUUUCUUUAGAAUGGUAUAAAAUUAAUAAUAAUAGAUAUAUUCAUGUUUCACAUGCUUCGCGUCUGACAAAGAAAUGUUGGUAAGUAUUGUGACGUAACGUUAAUUGUAAUGCAUUAUAUGAAAUCUUUUAUACUAUAAAAGAUACCGGUUACGAUCUAUUUAGAUGUUUAUGUAAGUUUUCUACCUAUGCGAAUGAACGUGAUUCAGAAUAUUUAUGGUCGGUCGUUAAAUUUUCUAAUAAAAUUUGCUCUUCGGUUAAGCGUGUAACAAUGAUUUAAUGGAAUAAAUAUCAAAGCGUUGUUUAUAUAUACAACUUUUCUUUAUUAAUUAAGCAAAAUUAAAGAAAGAUAGAACGCGCUUGAUCGCAUGUGAUAAAGAAACGCUAUAUGAUAUAUCAAAGCACUUUAUAUACGUCAGUUAUGAAUUUGAGUGAGCAAUUGAAUGUAUAUAAAAAGAAAAGCACAUAACUGACAAUUCUAUAUCGGCUACAAAGUAUUUAAAUAUAUUGCAGUAGGUAUCAAAAAGAGGAUUAGAGAAAUUGUAUUUGAUUAUAUUAAAUUACCUGAAAAAAUUGCGCGAUGUAUAUAGAUACAACUAUAUAUAUUGAAUUAAAAAAAAAAUUAGAAGUAAGUUAAUUGACAUAAUUUUUAGUUAGUAUAUGUUAUAGUUAUCGAUCUUGUUAUUUAGUUUAAAUUUUGUCAUAAGCAUAAUUGUAAAGCAGGAGACUGAAAAUGCCAGUAAUUUUUAUAUGAUAAGGAUAAUGAAUUAAAGAAGGUAAAAAUAUGCGUCGAUUCUAUUGUAUAAUUUCAGUAUAUGCACAAUAAUCGUUUUAUUUGACGCUUUGAGCUAGUGUAAUGAAUUACUAGCUAAAAUAUGCAACCAAGACAGAAUAUUUGUCUAUUCUUUUUAAUUCUUUUUAAUUCUUUACGUAUAGAUCAAUGUAAAGAAAAUUGUACUAAAAACUUUGUUAUAAGGAAUAUCUUUCUAAAAUACUGAUCUUUAAAUUCUAUAUGAUUGUUCCUUUUUGUUACGCUUCGGUUAAGAAGAUUAAUUAAUCUACUAUACUUAUUUCUUUUUUAUAGAAUUGCACUAGGCAGUCUUAGUACUUAAGAACUAAAAAUUGAUUAUAAAGCGUAUAGUGCAUGGAUGGAAAUGAUUUUACAAAUAAAAGUAAAUCGAACAAAUUAUUUGAAUGGCGGACGAACAAAGCAAAA